AUGUAAAAGGUCUUCACACAAUUACUUAUAGUUACCCUUGCUCUAUUAAACGUUGCGAAUUGCUUCUAUGGUUGGGGAAAAUGCCCUGAUGUUGAGGUAGCAGCUUCAUUGGAUCCCGCACUAUACGCUGGAAGAUGGUAUGAGAUGUAUAGAGGUCCCCUAUUCUAGUAAGAUGGCCAAGAAUGUGUUACCGCAGAUUAUACAUUACAAACUGAUAGAAGCUUGAGAAUCAGAAACUAUGGUACAGUCCCAGGAGAAACUAACGAAGGAAUUAGAGGUAGAGCAACUUGCCAAGGUGCUAGAUGCAGAGUCAAGUUCGAUCCAUUCUAUAUCCCAUAUGGACCAUAUCUAGUUCUAUCUGUAGAUUACAGUUCUUAUGCUUUAGUAUAUACAUGCACACAUUAUCUCUUUGGACUCUUCAGACUAGAAAAUGUUUGGAUACUUUCAAGAGGAACUACUCUUACUGGAAUAACCUCUAAUGAUAUCCUAACAAUUCUCAACACUAAAGUUCCAAACUACCCCACAAGCGAGCUAACAGCUACCACUCAAGGUGGCUCAUGCACCUACAUCACCCCUGGGUAAUGA